CGCAACAUUUCUAAACAUUAAGAAAUCAGCUGCGCCCGUUGAAAUGUUUUUUUAGAAUGAUUGGCUGAAGGGCUGAUAACAUUUACAAGUGUUUAUACGCAUAAAUGUGUGUGCUGAAAUAUACUUCCUGUUCAUAACGGAUAAAACAUGGUUUUCUUUUGAUGUUAAAGCAUGUUAAUUCAACUGUCGCUAAUGAAAACUUGAUAAGGUCGGUUUUGAAAACAAUUUUAUGUUUAUAUAUCUAAGAGAUUGAUAUUGUUUAAAGUUCAUUUAAAAUAAAACGGUUUUUAAACAAAACGUGCGUUUUUGCGGAUAACGAGUGAAAUCACUGGAAUUUUGCUACUUAUAAAUAAUUUCAAUUAUUAUCCUAUUACAACUAUAAACGUGAAACACUCAUGCACAAAAAAACCAGCAAGCAAUUAUGGUUGUAAUAACGCUGAACUGGUGUGUCUUAUGGUGCUGGAGUGCUAGGUUAAUAUAUUGCUAUAAUGUCGAACUGGAAAAAGUUGGUAUUGCCAGAGGAGUAUCAGGCUCCCAGUUUGGAUAUGCACUCGGAAUGCUGAAACCUGGCGGGACACCAUUUUUUGGACAAAAACUCGUAUUGCUCGUGGGAAGCCCAAAUAUGACGUUCAAUAAUAUCACAGCCCACGGGGAAAUAAGCGCGUGUGAAAAUCUCAACAUGAAGAACAUAACGUGCACAAAAUUGAACGUAAACGACGGGGAAGUGGGGCCAAGCAAAUGUGACAUUCUUCGAGGGACAGGCAAUGAUAAAACAAUUUGUGAAAAAGACAGUAGACUAGGAGCCACCAUUGCCAUCAAUAAGAACUACCGGGAACAAACUGUAAACUACAUUCCACUGGUGACGGUGUGCGCUCCUGGAUGGAAGAAUGUCUGGAACGAGCCUCUCCAGAACACCAACCAAAUGAUCGGGGCGUGUUAUAAAUUAGAUACAUCUUUGCAAUCAAUCCGGUGUGAUCGUCCCGACGCCCCACCAUACGCCAAUUUUACUUACGACAAACUACAGUACUGUUGGCCAUUCUGGGCUAUCAAAGACUACCUAACAGACGCCAAAACCAGCUAUAUCAUAUACACGUAUGCCGAAGCCGGAAUUUCUGCGACUUAUUCACUGGAUGGCCAAAACGAAGUAAUCGGUGCUCCAGGAAUCUACGUUUGGAGAGGAGGAUUCAAGCUUGCACAAUACAACAAAGUGUACAAUUAUAAAUUUGAAGAAACAAACGACACCACGUAUUUAGGCUAUUCAGUCGCCACUGGUUAUUUUCUUGCGCCUAAACGGGAAACGAUAGCAGCUGGUGUUCCCAACCGCUAUGAUUUACAGGACGGCCAUUUUGGACAGGUAGAGGUUGUGAGACAAGAUGGCUCAGAAUUAACGAAGGUGGAUAUUUUACGGUUUGGACUAUCGCGAACCUGUGUGGGUAUACCGGUAGUCACCGAGGUAUCUAAAAAUCAACGGGGAACAAAAUAUGGGGCGGUAGUGGCUGCAGUAGAUAUUGACAACAACGGAACCCAUGAGCUGCUUAUCGGAGCCCCGUUGUACACGAGCAAAUAUGCAGAUGAGGGACGAGUCUACAUCUAUACAUCAGGCGAUAAUCAUCAAGAAAUGUGCGGACCGGUAGGGAUUCUUUCGGGUGGGUCCAUGAAGGAAGGCUUUGGUGAUGGAGUUGCAAGGUUCGGUUCUGCAAUUGCAUCAAUUGGUGACAUUGACAGAGACAACUAUACCGACUUUGCAGUCGGUGCCCCUUACGAAGAAGAUGGUAGAGGGGCUGUGUACAUUUACAUGGGCAUUUCCAAUUUCAAACUUCGGACAUCAGGAUUUCCGGACAUGUAUUCCCAAAGACUUCCUGGAAAGAUGUUCGACUCUGGUAUUCGUGGCUUUGGAUGGAGUAUUUAUGGAGAUCACGACAUCGAUGAGAAUUCCUUCCCAGAUUUUGCGGUUGGAGCUUACAGUUCAGAUACGGUUGCAAUAUUCCGCUCGAGACCGAUUGUUCAUCUGAAAGUUAAUACCUCCAUCUCACCGUCUCCAAUACCGCUCAAUGCAUCUUUGCUUCGUUGCUCGAUGGACAGAACCAGACUUUGUACAGAAGUCAAUGUAACAUUUUCUUACGAGAAUAUUGGAUCUGGGAAAGGGACCUUCAAAAAUUUACUGAUAUUAUGGUAUCUUGAAGCCGAUACAUACUUGAGAAAUAGCAGUGGCUAUAGUCGCUUCAUAUUCCGAAAUACAAACAGGGAUUCUCUGGAGCAGAACAUAACGUUGUCCGGAGCUGGCACGCAUUUUCAUACAUCGUACAUUCUGGAUGUUAUUAGAAAUAACAACAAUCCCGAACCGAAGGACGCUUGGACGAAAGUCAUGAUCGAAGGGACAUACAAACUUCUGCCUCAAGUAGGGGCAGACUUUAGUCUGCUCAACCCGAUUUUGCGGAAUGAUACAAAAAUUGUUGCCAAGGUGGAGUUCGACAAGAAAUGUGAGACGCUUGACCAAUGCAAAUCCGAUCUGGUACUCAGCGUCGAGAUGGACCUCAUUGGCGAUGGACCCGACGUUAAAAUUAACCGUUCCUCGGUCAUUUUAGCAGGGGAAAGAGACACUUUGGCGGUCACUAUAGAUGUCAAGAACGUUCAAGACAUAUCAUACAAUGCUAAUUUUACGAGCACAGUUACAGCUAAUAAGAGAGGUGCCACUACUACCAAUCAAGGGUCCGUAUCGGCCGACUGCGAGUAUCCACUUCUGGACUUUUCUCGCACUGAUUUUAAUUGCACCGCAAACAAUAAGCUAGACCGAAACGAGAACUUCAAGGUUUUCACGAGUUUCGACAUCUCCAUGGGGAAGCUCAUUCCGGAGAAUGACAUGAACAAAAUGAUCACUUCACUGAUGGUGGAUGUAAUAGCGGAUCAGGAAAAUUUAGACGUUAACCCGACUAACAACAAAUUCAAAGUAAACAUGGAAGUCAGAUUGAAAUACGAUAUCUACAUUCAAGCAGAUCAGCAACUGUCAGAUCAGGAUCGAUACAAAGCCGUCGAGAACAGUGACGUCAGAAAGACGAUCACCCAUCAGUAUUACAUCACGAAUUACGGUCCAAGCUACCUGCCAAAGACCUACGUCAACAUCACAGUGCCCGUUAAAGUUAAAAAGGGCAACAACGAGAUAGCGAAGAUAACCAAAAUGUCGCCGACAUGUAACUUUCAAGGAAACGAUGCACUUAUUGGUACAACUCUGGCUCCAACUACGUCGAUUACAACUCCAUUCGCAAAUACGCCCGGCAACCCAGACCCUCAAAGGAGAAGACGAGCAGUGGAUGAAUCCGUAGCCAUGGCAUCGACUGGUCAGAAACAAACUUUGAAGACUAUUACAUGUUUGGAGUACGAAUGCAUCAUUUUGGAGUGUCUGGUGAUGAAUUUGGAUAAAAAUGUUCAGACAAUUGUCAAUGUUACGAUUGAAGUAUUCGAAAAGGCGCUGGCAGCGGAAAAGGAUUUCAGCGAGAUUCGGUACACAACAAAUGCGACUGUUACCGACCCGGAAGUAUGGUAUGGUGGAAAGGUCGUACCAAUGGAAAACACCGUAUACGCUACGGUAAAAUACUAG